AUGAAGAUAAUCAUCUGUUUUUGCAUUUGGGCAGCAGCAUGGGCCAUUCCGGUUCCUCAAAUCAAGUCAUUGGAGAGACAUGCUGUUGGCCAAUCUGUGAAUUUAAGUCUUCCAGCAAAAUUAAAAACGCCAGUACAGGAUGAGUUAUAUGCUAAUGAUACCACCAAAGAAAGUGGUGUCCCUAUGCAUGAAAAUGAAACGGGAAGGCAACAGUAUACCAAAGAUGGUUACAGAGUAGAAGGAAAUGGCCCUGAGUGGGCAGGAGUAGGAAGGGAAAGUUCUUCUACACAUUCCAUGUCAGUAAAUGAAGAGGGGAAUCCCGAGGAUGUGAAUGGGGGCACAGAAAAGCCAGAAACAUAUGGUCAUGAUGGAAUACAUGGUAUUAGGAGACAAGUAAGCACUAUUGACAUGACUGGCGCAGCAAAUGGGAGCAAUAUUAAUGGAAAUACUGAUGAGAAUUUUAAAAAUGGGGAUGUUGGAGAUGCAAGUCAGAGUGAGAAUGCCACUGUGGUUGACGAAGAUGAGCAUCAAGUAUCUGGAAGCAGUAACAGUACAGGCCGUGAGGAUGACAUGAAUGGGAAUUCCUGUACAAAUGAGGGUGACACAAGUGCAGUAACACCUCAGAAAGAAGGUGAGAGAAAUGGUCAUGAGGGGGCAGGGGUAACACCAGGGGGAAGCGGAGCUGGCCAUACAGAAGAUGCUGGCCUCGAUAAUUCUGAUGGGAGUCCUAGUGGGGAUGGAACAGAUGAGGGUGAAGACAAGGGCUCUGGUGAUAAUGAAGGUGAAGAAACGGGAAAUGGAAAAGAUGGCACUGAUAAAAGCCAGGGCCAGGAGGGCCAGGGUCAUGGAAAAGAAGGCGGCAAUGAUAAUAGCUCAAGUAAAAAUUCAAUGAGCAGUGAAGAUGAUGACCCUGAGGACAAAGAAGAUCCCCACGACACCGAUGGAGACAAUGACUCCGAGACUGAGGAGGAUUCUGAUCGGAUCCUAGAAGAAAAUGAUAGCCCAAGAAUGGAGGACAUCCAGAACACCAAUCACAGAGAAAGCCAUGGUGUGGAUAAUGGAAUUACCAAAGAAUCAGAGCCAAGUACGAAUGGGAAGAGCCAAGAUAAGGGAAUAGAAAUUGGAGGUCCCAGCAGUGGCAAUAGAAACAAUCUUACCAAAGAAGCUGGGAAAGUCAUUGGCGAUAAAGAGAGUAAAGGACAACAUGGAGUGAUUGUGGGCAACGGAAAUGUCCAGACACAAGGGGAGAUUGACAACAUGCAAGAACCUGGCCAGAAGUUAGAACCUGGAAACAAGGUUGAACACGGCCAAACAGGUAGUGAGAGUAACAGUGAUGGUUAUGAUAGUUAUGAGUUUGACGAUGAAUCCAUGCAAGGCGAUGAUCCCAACAGCAGCGAUGAGUCUAAUGGCAAUGAUGAUGCCAAUUCUGAAGGUGACAAUGACAGCAGUAGCCGAGGAGAUGCAUCUUAUAACUCAGAUGAAUCAAAAGAUAGUGACAACGACAGUGAUUCAAAAGGAGAAGGAGAUGAGGACAGUGACAACACAUCAGAUGCUAGUGAUAGUGACAGUAACGACAAUGGUAACAACGGAAGUGAUGAUAGUGAAUCAGACAGCAGCAAAGAUAAAUCAGACAUCAGUGACAGCAGUGACAGUAGUGAUAGUAGUGACAGCAGUGACAGCAGUGACAGCAGUGACAGCAGCGAUAGUAGUGACAGCAGUGACAGCAAAUCAGAUAGCAGUGAUAGCAGUGACAGCAGUGACAGUAGUGAUAGUAGUGACAGCAGUGACAGCAAAUCAGACAGCAGUGACAGUAGUGACAACAGUGAUAGUAGUGACAGUAGUGACAGCAGUGACAGCAGCGAUAGUAGUGACAGCAGUGACAGUAGUGAUAGUAGUGACAGUAAAUCAGAUAGCAGUGACAGCAGUGACAGUAGUGACAGCAGUGACAGUAGUGACAGCAGUGACAGUAGUGACAGUAGUGACAGUAAAUCAGAUAGCAGUGACAGCAGUGACAGUAGUGACAGCAGUGACAGUAGUGACAGCAGUGACAGCAGUGAUAGUAGUGACAGCAGUGACAGUAGUGACAGCAGUGAUAGUAGUGACAGCAGUGACAGUAGUGACAGCAGUGAUAGUAGUGACAGAUCAGAUAGCAGUGAUAGUAGAAGUAGUGACAGCAGUGACAGUAGUGACAGCAGUGACAGCAGUGAUAGUAGUGACAGCAGUGACAGCAGUGACAGUAAAUCAGAUAGCAGUGACAGUAGUGACAGCAGCGAUAGUAGUGACAGCAGCGAUAGUAGUGACAGCAGUGACAGUAGUGAUAGUAGUGACAGUAAAUCAGAUAGCAGCGAUAGUAGUGACAGCAGUGACAGCAGCGAUAGUAGUGACAGCAGUGACAGCAGCGAUAGUAGUGACAGCAGUGACAGCAGUGACAGUAGUGACAGCAAAUCAGACAGCAAUGACAGUAGUGACAGCAGUGACAGUAGUGAUAGUAGUGACACUAAAUCAGAUAGCAGUGACAGCAGUGACAGCAGUGACAGCAGUGACAGUAGUGAUAGUAGUGACAGUAAAUCAGAUAGCAGUGACAGUAGUGACAGCAGUGACAGCAGUGACAGCAGUGACAGCAGUGAUAGUAGUGACAGCAGCGAUAGUAGUGACAGCAGUGACAGUAGUGACAGCAGUGACAGCAAAUCAGACAGCAGUGACAGCAAUGAAAGCAGCGACAGUGCAUCUGACAGUAGUGAUGAGAGUGACAGCAAGAGCAAGUCUCCUAAUGGCAACAACAAUGAAAGUGAUAGUGACAGUGACAGUGAAGGCAGUGACAGUAAUCACUCAACCAGUGAUGAUUAG